CGGUCGCGCUUCGAAACCCAUCUCCGACGAUAUGGCGGACUUCGUCGGCAAGCAGUUCACCAAGGACGAGGUCGCGGACAAGGUCCUCGAGCAGUACGACGAGGAGCAGACGCGCGUGUUCUACCAGUGCGUGAUGGGCGGUGGCGGGUACGACAUCCACUUCGGCAUCUACAAAUCCCCCACCGACGGCGUGAAGGAGAGCUCGCAGCACACGACCGACUGGAUGAUGACGCAGAUGGAGUGGGCGAUGCCGACUCCGCUGAACGCGUCGCAUCGCGUCUUAGACCUCGGGUCCGGCCACGGCGGCGGCAGCCACGCGAUGGCGCAGCGAUUCGGUUGCAAAGUCACCGGGUACAACCUCGGCCCCGGGCAGAACGCGCUCAACAUGACGCGCUGCAAGGAGCUCUCCAUCGACCACCUCGUCGACGCGAAGGUCGGGAACAUCAACGAUCCGCUCCCGGAGGAGUGGACGGACGCGUUCGACGCGGUGUGGAGCUGCGAGGUCUUGUGCCACGCCGGCGACAAGGUGGCGCUGUUCAAGGAGCUCGUCCGAUGCCUCAAGCCCGGCGGCGUCUUCGUGUUCUCGGACAUCAUGGGCGCGGACGGCGCGGACGAGAAGGCGCUGAAAGGGUUCACCGAUCGCAACGCGACGACGUUCAUGGGGCGACCGUCGAUGUACAAUGAGUUCUUGAAAGACUCCGGGUUCAUGUACGUGACGUGGUGGGACGGGAGCCAUCACCUCGAGCGGUAUUUCCGCAACAUGCUGUCGCAAAUCCACGACAACCGCGAGGAGAUGACGUCCAAGGGAAUCACGGAUCAGUACUUGGACAACUGGGUGUCCUCGCUCACGGAGCGCGCAGACAUUCAGAAGGAGAAAGGGGUGUUCGCUUGGGGCGUCUUCGUCGCGCGGAAGCCCCUGGAAGGGGAGCUCGUGCUGUGAUCGGCGAGGACGACCGCGGCGGGCGAGGGAGCGCGGCGAUCGACAGAGAGCCGCGUUCCCCGGAGACGAAUUCCCCUGCAUAAAACAUGCAUUCAUAACAUACGUGACACAAUAUUUUUUAUAUAUAUAACGACACGAGUU